AUGGCAGGACCAUCUGAUGAAUUCCGUUCCUACAGCGAUGACGGUGAGUCUAUGGAAGCAGGGCUGCACACUGAAGGCGAUUGUAUAUUGGCAUCUGGAGAUGUUGGUACGUUUCGAACUAUAUAUGAUGCCAAAGGUGAAGAAAUUCACUUUGAAGAACGUGAUGAGAAAACAGGUAACUGGCUAAAACGCAAGAUAGACAAAGGGGUAUCUAUGAGCUCAUCACUACCAAUGUACAAAUCAUAUAUCGAACAUCAAAUUAUAUCUAAAGAUCCAAAAUAUGCUGCCGCACGUGGCACGACAAGAAGACUGAACAAGCGUGUACGACGAUUUCUUACCAUUAUGUUCUGUAUCGCUGUGGCAACUGUCACUAUUUUCGUUUCUACUAGGGUAAUCAACUGGGCGGAGGAACGUCGUGAAGCCACCCAAAACGCUGAAUCUGCAAGAGAAGAUGAAUUGGGACGUCUGAAACAGACUGUUGAAUCGCUACGUGUUGAGUUAAAUAAACUCAAGGAGACUUCAUAUGCCAACUCGGUCGCCAUAAAAGCAAUGACCAAUGGAGCAUUCAGAUUACCUGGAUCUGACGAUGCUGCUUCAAAGAAAUCGAAGUUUGGAAAGAAUAAACCAACAUUCAACCAAGGAGCUAUUCCUCAAAAUUUCGAUACUAAACAAUUUGCUCAAGCCAUGGAGAACCAAGGAAAGGGUACACCAACAAAAGUUGAUCUCAACCCUAUAAUGCAUGACGCAGCCAUUCAUUAA